AUGAGCGCGGCGCCGGGUGCCCGCGGCCACGCGUGUAACGUGGGGCCGCCCGCAUCGCCCGUGCGCUCCGUGCUGCGCCACGUGCAGCUGGAGAACCUGGCGGCCGGGCUGAGCGGCGGCGUCGUGUCCACGUUGGUGCUGCCGCUGGACCUGGUGAAGAUCCGCUUCGCAGUGAGUGAUGGAUUGGAGCUGAGGCCAAAAUACAAUGGGAUUCUCCACUGUAUGACCACUGUCUGGAAGCGUGAAGGACUACGAGGCUUGUACCAAGGGGUAACUCCCAACAUGGUGGGAGCAGGAGCUUCCUGGGGACUUUAUUUUUUCUUUUACAAUGCCAUCAAAGCUUAUAAGAAGGAAGGGAAGCUGGAGAGUCUGACUGCAACCGAACACCUGGUGUCAGCUGCAGAGGCGGGAGCCAUGACUCUCUGUAUUACGAACCCAAUAUGGGUAACGAAGACGCGACUUGUAUUACAGUAUGACGCUGGUGUUGAUCCCUCAAAGCGACAGUACGCAGGAAUGUCUGAUGCUCUUAUAAAGAUCUACAAGACAGAGGGCAUACGUGGCUUGUAUAAGGGAUUCGUUCCUGGCCUGUUUGGAACUUCACAUGGAGCACUUCAGUUCAUGGCAUAUGAGGAUUUGAAACAGAGAUACAACAAGUACAGAAACAGAGCGUCAGAUACAAAACUGAACACUGCAGAAUACAUAAUGAUGGCAGCUGUAUCCAAAAUAUUUGCUGUGACAGCAACAUAUCCCUAUCAAGUUGUACGGGCUCGUCUUCAAGAUCAGCAUAAUAGAUACUCUGGUGUGUUAGAUGUGAUCCGCAGGACAUGGAGGAAAGAAGGAAUUCAUGGAUUUUACAAAGGAAUUGUCCCCAAUGUGCUCAGAGUGACUCCUGCGUGCUGCAUUACUUUUGUAGUUUAUGAAAACGUGUCAGGUUUUUUACUUGGUUUUAGAAAAGAAAAUAACUAAAGGUGAAAGUUUCUAUUCAUAAAAAAUAGAUCCUUUAUUUUUUUAUAUUUAUGAUGUGGAAGUUAAGUUGCGAUAGCAGCCUGUCUUGACACUGUGAAUUGAUCUGGUAUUUUGAGGAAAGAAUUCUGAGGUAGCGAAACCCUGCCUACAUCUCUUCUGCUGAGGCUGCCUGUGUUGCUGAGUUCCUCUCCCUCUGAAUCAGCAGCGUCUGCUCCAGACAGAUGUCUGCAACUGUGAAGUAGUGUUAUGACUGGGUGAAGGCAGCUGUGCAGCAUUUCAGCUCAUCCUGGCCUGCCUGGAAUAAUGGACUAAUCUGCUUAACAGGUCUCAAGAUAACAAUUGGUCAGUGUACUACAGAAAACUUCAUAUAAAAGCAGUUCUGGUGUCUGAAGUGUCUGAACUUUCUUAAGUAAGUCUUUAUGUGCGUCUCAUGAAGAAAAUAUGUAGCUGCUUACACCAGUGUCUUUGGAAUCCAUUUCUGUUCUUUGUCAGGUUUUAGGUUAUGGAGUGCUCCAUGUUCCACUGGUCAUCCAACAGAAAAAGUGCAGCCUUGGAGGGGUGUGAUUUGGAAACUCAGAUUGUUCUGUAAAAUGGUCAGCUGCCCAUUCCUGGGUUUGAGUAAUUGCAAAUUGAAAUGCACUUCUUGUCUCAUGCCAAGACAGACUUGCAGUGUGGUUUUUGGCUUCUUUUUAAUACCAGACCAAAGUCUGUUGUGCACAUUGUUGGCAACUUACUUCAUUUGAUUUCUCAUCACCCCACCCUCCCUGGCCACAGCUCCAUUACUGUACAUUGGACUAAAUACCACUUAUUUGAAAGAAGGCUUACUUAAAAAAAAUAAUAAUCCAAGUAAUUCAUUGGCGAUGCAGUUUUAAAGCACCUUUAACAAAGACAGGUCUUUGAGAAGAAAUCUGUAGGUUUUCUAAAAGCUUUGUGCACAGGGCUUUCUUAAAAACAAUGACUUCUCAUUUAGUCUCAGAAGUGACUAAGGCUAUUGCUGACACAACAGCAGGCUGAAUUACAGCACAUUUCAGUAUGUUUGAAUAAGGAUGUUUAUUUUUAUGCCAAUUGUUACUGACAAAGGUAGGCACUAUUUGGAAACUUGGGUUUAUUUGUUGUAGUUCUUCAUUAAGGAAAUAGUCUACUGAGCAUAACGUUUUUUGGGUUUUUUUUAGUUAUAAUUCUAAAAGCAUCUGUUGACAUUUAGAUGAAAAUCAAAAGUUAGCAGAAAUUUACUGUGCAAAUUAACAUAGAGUCUUAAUAGCUGCUUCUUUCUUUUGCCUGGGCGAGGUUUUUACCCGCUGUUCUCAGUUUUCUAGUGUGCAGGGUCCAAAAUAUAUAGUGAAGAUAUGAGAAAAGAAAAAUAGAAGAGUAAUAAAAGUUUUGCAGUUACUUCCCUGGACUGGUUUGUUCCAGACCUAAAUGGGACUGAGAGCCAGGAUAAAUGGAAAGACAGGCCACUGGCACAUACACGAACAGCCACUGUCUGUUGACUGACGUGCAGUAAUUUCACACUAUGGCUUAACUCAUAGUGUCUGUGCUCAGAUACCUUGAAAACUAUCUUCCCACCCCAUGAAACAAUGGCAGUUGUGCAGGGUGCUGGCCUGCAGCAGCAUCACACAUAAGCUUGCAUUGAGGGAAACUUGAAUGCUCUCUUACCUGCAAGUCCAGUCCUCUAACAUUUAAAAGGUGAUGAGCUAGAAAUUUAAGAGAUGCCUGGGGAAAGUUUUAUAACCUGUUCAGAAGAAAAGCUAGGAUUUAGUAUCAAAUAGUUAAAAUUAAUUCAUCUCUCAGCUUUAAUGUUUUUUCUAUGUAGUUUCUGGACAAUGUGUAUUUCUGCAUGUUAUACAUGCUUUUUGUUUUUAUUAUUGCAUUUAUGUAAAAUUGAUUUUGUAAUGUAAACAUGAUUAUAUUUUCCCUUUA